AUGGGUUCUCAAGAGGACGCCGUUGCCCUCAAGGAGAAGGGCAACAAGGCUUUCAAGGAGCACGACUGGCCCGCCGCCAUCGACUUCUACACCCAGGCCAUUGAGGUGUACGACAAAGAGCCCUCGUUCUACACCAACCGCGCCCAGGCCAACAUCAAGCUUGAGGCAUACGGUUUCGCCGUCGUCGACGCAAACAAGGCAAUCGAGCUCGACCCGAACAAUGUCAAGGCAUACUACCGCCGUGCCGUCGCCAACACGGCCAUUCUGAAGCACCACGAUGCGCUCCGCGACUGGAAGAUCGUCGUCAAGAAGAACCCGAACGACAAGGUCGCGAAGCUGCAGCACGCCGAAUGUGAGAAGGUCGUCAAGCGCGAUGCUUUCCUCAAGGCCAUCGAGGUCUCGGAUGCGCCCUCGGCAAUCGAGGGCCUCGAUCUGGACAACAUGGUCGUGGAAGACGGGUAUGACGGUGCGAGGAUGGAGGGCACGAACAUGACCAAGGAAUUCAUCGAGGACAUGAUCCAGAGGUUCAAGGACGGCAAGAAGAUCCACAGGAAAUAUGUCUACCAGAUCAUCAUCGCUGUGAAGGAGCUCGUGUACAACGAGCCCACCAUGGUCGAGUAUGACGUUCCCGAGGGCACCAAGAUUACCGUAUGCGGUGACACUCACGGCCAAUUCUUCGAUCUUCUCGAAAUCUUCCGCCUCAAUGGCUUCCCGUCUGAAUCGCACGCAUAUCUCUUCAACGGUGACUUUGUCGACCGUGGGUCGUGGUCGACCGAAGUGGCGCUCUUGCUGUACGCGUAUAAGAUGCUGUACCCCAAGCUCUUCUUCCUCAAUCGCGGCAACCACGAGACGGACGACAUGAACCGCAUGUACGGCUUCGAGGGCGAGUGCCGCGCCAAGUACACGGAGCGCGUCUUCAAGAUCUUCUCGGAGUCCUUCUCCGCAUUACCGCUGGCCACGCUCAUUGGCAAGAAGUUCUUCGUUCUGCACGGUGGUCUGUUCUCGAACGACGCGAUUAGCUUGGACGACGUGAGGAAGUUGAACAGGCACAACCAAAGGCAACCCGGCCAGAGCGGGUUGAUGAUGGAGAUGCUGUGGACGGAUCCACAGCCCGCUCCUGGUCGGGGCCCCAGCAAGAGAGGUGUCGGUCUGCAAUUCGGACCCGAUGUCACCAAGAGAUUCUGCGAGAAGAACGGGCUGGAAGCCAUCAUCAGAAGUCACGAGGUUCGCAUGGAGGGUUACGAGGUCGAGCAUGACGGAAGGUGCAUCACGGUCUUCUCGGCACCCAAGUACUGCGACAGCACGGAAAACAAGGGUGCAUACAUCAACAUCGGCCCCGAGCUGAAGCUCGACUUCCACAAGUUCGAGGCGGUGCCGCACCCGCCGAUCAGGCCGAUGGCGUAUGCCAACAACGGUCUCAUGAACAUGAUGUAG